UGGCUCGCAGGUCACGCAGCAUGGCGCCAUGGCGGUACUGCGGUAGCUGCCUGAAUCGUCAACUGGUUCGCCGUCAGCCGUGCAUCGAGGGUUUUCGUUUGUGAAACUUGCGUGAUUUCCCGAAGAAAAAGUGUCCGCGUCGACUCACAAUGGUCUCCUUAAAUCCAGUGCGGAUCCUGAAAAAUCAGGCCGAGGAAGAGAAGGCCGAGAUCGCUAGGUUGAGCUUGUUUGUCGGAGUUAUCGCCAUCGGGGACUUGGUGAAGUCUACCCUUGGUCCUAAGGGCAUGGACAAGAUACUGGUAUCUCAUGGCAGGUCCUCGGGACAGGUACAUGUAACCAACGACGGUGCUACUAUCCUCAAGAGCAUUGGCAUUGAUAAUCCCGCUGCCAAGAUUUUGGUAGACAUGUCUCGCGUUCAAGACGACGAAGUGGGCGACGGCACUACUUCGGUCACUGUUCUCGCUGCCGAGCUUCUGCGAGAAGCGGAGAAGCUAAUUGAGAAUCAAAAGAUUCACCCGCAAACUAUCAUUGGUGGUUGGAGAAUUGCCACGAACGCAGCGACUGAAGCUUUAAUAAAUGCAGCCACGGACAAUUCUGCAGAUCCCGAGCGUUUUCGGGAGGACUUGCUAAAUAUCGCGCGUACAACGUUGAGUUCCAAGAUCUUGUCCCAGCACAAAGAACACUUCAGCAAGCUCGCGGUCGACGCGGUGUUGCGUCUUAAAGGCUCUGGUAAUUUGUCUGCGAUUCAAGUUAUUAAGAAACGUGGCGCAACCCUUGCCGACUCCUUUUUGGACGAUGGAUUCUUAUUGGAUAAGAAACCGGGUGUUCACCAACCGCAAAAGGUUUCUGACGCGCGUAUACUUAUCGCUAAUACGUCUAUGGACACUGACAAAAUCAAGGUAUUUGGCUCCAGAGUACGUGUAGAUUCAAUGACGAAGAUAGCAGAGUUAGAAGCUGCUGAGAAAGAAAAGAUGAAGGAUAAAGUUGAUAAAAUCUUGAAGCAUGGAUGCACCGUCUUCAUCAAUAGGCAAUUGAUAUAUAAUUAUCCGGAGCAAUUGUUCGCCGAUGCCGGAAUUAUGGCUAUCGAGCACGCCGAUUUCGACGGUAUCGAGAGACUUGCGCUCGUUACCGGUGGCGAGAUCGUUAGUACUUUUGACAAUCCAGAUUUAGUCAAGCUGGGAAAAUGCGAUCUUAUCGAACAGGUCAUGAUAGGAGAAGAUACACUCCUGAGAUUCUCCGGAGUUCCGCUGGGCGAAGCGUGCACCGUCGUCAUUCGUGGCGCAACGCAGCAGAUCAUCGACGAAGCCGAGAGAUCGCUGCACGACGCGCUCUGCGUUUUGACCGCUACGGUACGCGAGUCGAGAAUCGUUUACGGUGGUGGAUGCAGCGAAAUGAUCAUGGCUUGCGCCGUUAUGCGGGCGGCCGCGGCUACGCCGGGUAAAGAGGCGGUUGCGAUGGAGGCCUUCGCGCGAGCGUUGCAUCAAUUGCCAACUAUUAUCGCCGACAAUGCUGGCUAUGACUCGGCGCAGUUGGUCAGCGAAUUAAGAGCUGCGCAUAAUUCCGGCGGCAACACCAUAGGAUUGGAUAUGGAAAUGGGCAAAGUCGGUUGUAUGAAGCGGCUAGGAAUCACCGAAUCUUGGGUGGUGAAGAGACAGGUUCUUGUGAGUGCGGCUGAAGCGGCGGAAAUGAUACUUCGGGUGGACGAUAUUUUGCGCGCAGCUCCUAGAAAACGCGUGCAAGAUCGAGGACAUUGUUAACUCAUUGAGAAAAAAGAGAAAUUUUUACUUUUGCUUCAAUUUCACAAUUACUUGCAAGUUUUCAUACAAAACAUGCGACCUCUUAAAUUAACAUGUUUAAUUAAUAAUUGAAUAUUUCAUUGCGUUUGUCAUCUACGAUAAUGCAUUUGAUAAUAUUAAUGUACUAAUUAUAGUAAGAACAAUACAUGUAUUACGCUUCUUUUCAA